AUGAAUGAUUUGUUACGAGAGUCGGAUCAAGGUCUUGAACAACAACAUCUAUCUUCUUCAUCGUCAUGUGAUUAUAGAUAUGCUACGACUGAACAAUCGUCAACAUCGUGUGAUAAACCGGAAGACAUUGAAUUGUCACCAAAAUUUUUUAGGAAUAUAAUUGUUCGACCUCAGUGGCUACGACGUGUAGUUGAUUCUCCUGUAGGUUUUCGUGCUGAAUUAACUGAUGGUCUAGAUACAAAUGAUGUGUUACCUACGCCUGUUAUUUUCUUCAUAAACAAACUUGCGGGUGGUCAAAAAGGUGAAAAAAUUUAUCGUAAACUUGUUCGCUUAGUCAAUCCUCGUCAGGUUUUUUUACUUGAAAAUGAUGCAACCAUCAUACAAGCUUUAAACAUCUAUUCGUCUCUGGUCAAUAUUCGCAUAUGCGCGUGUGGAGGUGAUGGAACAGUUGGUUGGGUACUCAGUCGUCUUAUCGAUGUCUUUCCAUCGUUAGAAAAUCCACCAGUUAGUAUUUAUCCGUUAGGUACAGCCAAUGAUUUAUCGCGCGUAUUAGGAUGGGGUUAUCAAUAUGAUCCCAAACGACUAUUAAGAGUAUUUACUCAAAUUCCUCAUGCACAAACGUUGUCGCUUGAUUGCUGGCAGGUCAAGUUUGAAACAUUGGAAAUGACAUCUACAGGGUCUAAUCAAGAAAAUACAGUUGCCGAUCGACGCCGUCACUUUUUUCUUUAUCAUCCGAAAUUUGUUCGUAACACAAAUCAACUAAAGUACGAAAAUCAUCUUAAGCCGGUCAAUAGAUACUUUUUCAGUCAUAUCAGUUUUGGGCUAGAUGCAGCUAUUGCACUUGAUUUUCAUGUUCGUCGAACAGGUGACCCAUCCAAAUUUACAUCUCCACUCAAAAACAAGAUUCUCUAUUUGAAUGAAAGUCGCAAAUAUUUCAAAGAGUUCUUUUUUUCUGGAGCAUGGAAUUUGGGUUUAUAUAUGAGAUUGUUUUGUGAUGGUCAAGAUUUAACUGAUUCGAUACGAUCUUGUCAUACACUUGUGCUCCUAAAUAGUUCAGGAUAUGCGUCAGGUACAAACCCUUGGAUUAGAACAUUGACGAAUAGAAAUAACACAUCAGCAAUCAUUCAAAGAGAUGACAAUUCAUUCAAGGAGACUUCGACAAAUUCUAAUAUACAGAUCGAUACCUCCACACAUACUCGUCGAUUCAAUAGACAGGACUGUAGUGAUCGAAAGAUUGAGGUACUCGAAUUAAACACAACACAGAUGGGUUUAAUUCAUCUCGGAUUUAAAGGUCAUCGCAUCGCUCAAUGUAAUCAAGUACGUCUGGAACUAAGUCGUCCAAUAUCGGUUCAAAUGGAUGGUGAACCUUUCUAUCUAGUUGAACCAACUACUGUCAAUAUUAUAUAUGCGGGUCAAGUAUCUGUAUUGAGAAAUGAUAAUAGAUGA